AUGGUUCCAAUUGGUGGAGCCGACCCCGUAGCCGUUCAGUGAUUGGACUGGACAAACGUCCUUUCCACCUUCCCCAUUUGAGGGUGCAAACUGGCGGCGGCAGCACUUCUCUGAUUGGCGGAAGGCAGCCAUCGCUCUCAUGUGAUUGGUGCAGGCGGGUGUCACGCGUGAGUAGAAGGGCGGAACCCCCGCGGAGUGCGGGUGAAGGAGGAGACGCCAUCUUGUUCACAGCGAAGGCGGCGUUGAGUUGUUUUGUUUCACCGUAUCUGGCAGAAACGGCGGACAGGCCCGUAACCGGCGAGCGGACGGCAUCGAGCAUGCGGUUCCAGUACCAGAACGAACAGCCGUUUGAGCUACGGCGGGCGGAGGGCGAGAAGAUACGUGCCAAGUACCCCGACAAAGUCCCGGUCAUUGUAGAGAAGUGCCCGAGGACCCGUCUACGCUCGUUGGACAAGAAGAAGUAUCUGGUGCCCUCUGACAUCACAGUGGGACAAUUCUGUUUCCUCAUCCGGAAACGCAUUCAACUGCGUCCCGAGGAGGCCCUGUUUUUCUUCGUCAAUAACGUGCUCCCUCCCUCGAGUGCCACCAUGGGCGAGGUUUACAAGGAACACCACGAGCAAGACCUGUUCAUGUACCUGCUCUACAGCUGUGAGAGCGUCUAUGGAAACUGAACGUCGACGGGGAGGGGAGGUGUGUGCCUGUCCCUGCACGUGGAGGGGAGGGGAGGGGUGGGGAGGGCAAGGGCCGGGCUUUUGGAAUCUCCUGUCAGUGUGGAGGGGGUGGGGGGGGGGAAAGCGACGAGGGAGCAACAGCGUGUGUCCGUGUCCCUCCUCACGUCCGAGCGGGGAGUGGCGUCGGAGUACGUGAGAGGAGCAGGGGUUGGGGAAGGAGGAGGGAGAUCAGUGAAGUAGGGGAGGGUAGAGGUGGGGCAAGAGUGGUUGGACCCAGAAUAUUGAUGUUCCCAGUCACGGAGAUUGGGGCUUCUUCCAUCUCCCUGUCCAUUUGUUCCCUCCGUGUCCCUCUUUCCCCCUCCCCUCUAUCUAUCCUCCCCCUCCCUCUCUCCCUCCCCUCUUUCUCUCUCUCUCCCCUUCCCCCCUCUAUCUACCCUCCCCCUCCCCCUCUCCCCCCUCUCUCUCCCUCCCUCCCCUCUCUCACUCUCUCCCCCCAUAGCUUAUCUUAUAGACAAUAGGUGCAGAAGUAGACCAUUCGGCCCUUUGAGCCUGCACCGCCAUUCUGAGAUCAUGGCUGAUCAUCUACUAUCAAUACCUGGUUCCUGCCUUGUCCCCAUAUCCCUUGAUUCCCCUAUCCAUAAGAUACCUAUCCAGCUCCUUCUUGAAAGCAUCCAGAGAAUUGGCCUCCACUGCCUUCCGAGGCAGUGCAUUCCACACCUCCACAACUCUCUGGGAGAAGAAGUUUUUCCUUAACUCUGUCCUAAAUGACCUACCCCUUAUUCCCCUUAUUAUCUUCUCCCCAUCCGGCAUCCCUCCCUGUCUCACCAAACGUCUCCCCACCCCUCUAUAUCUUAUAUUCCCCUGCCCCCUCACUAUCUCUCGCCAGCACUCUCUCUGUCUCCAUCUCCCUCUCCCCUUUCUGCCCCUUCUCUCUCUCUCCCUCUCUCAGCUCUAUCUCUCAUCCACACCCCCUCCUCUCUCUGCCCCCUUUCAUUCUUCCUCUUCCCUGAUCCCCUCUCUCUUCCCAUCCCUCCCUCUCAUCCGCACUCGCUUUCUCUGUGUCCCCUCUUUAUCCGCCUGUCUCUGCCCUCCCCUCCCCUCUCUCCCUCUUCCCCCAUCUCCCUCACUGCCUCACUGAGGGGAAGAAGCGCCCUCAGGCUGCAGGGUCUCUGCUACACCAGUCCGGGCUGGUGCUGCGUCCAUUCGUGUAUAUACCGGGUUAAGUUAUGUUUGCCAAUGCGUUCAAUAAAACUGGAGUGUUAAACGUU